GGUAAACUUGCUGAUAAAGUUGGUAAACUCGCUGGUAAAGUUGGUAAACUCGCUGCCGGAUUCCUUAAAGAUAUGAUCACAUCGAUAACCGAAGAGUUGAGCCAGGGAAUUUACGCGCCGAUGACAGCCACAGGCCACCUGAUUGUCAACAAUGUCUACGCGUCAUGCCACAAUAUUGUCAGGUCAACUACACUCGUACAUACGUUUCUCUACUAUCUAAAAACGGUGGAGAACGGCAUCAGGCAUUUUCUAAAAGACUGGUGGCCACUAAGCAAUCCGCUGACCGUUUGUGAUUUAUCCAACGAAACAGACGUCGAAUUCGAACUCGAUAAUGCAGACUCACCCGAAUAUGAUGUGCCGUUCGGAUCACGUCUUCUAUUGGAACUACUCCAGUAUUUUGUUGUGAUAUCGUGA